AACAGUUGGAGCUAAAUGAUCCACCAGCACAAAAAAACACAAGACAUCAUAUGUUGACAUGAGUCAGAGUUUGAGCUUUUUUUGGAAACUUGAUGAAUCAGAGCUUUAGAGUCUCUGAGUGAAGUGUUCAACCUCCGUCUGCAUCCACCCAGAACAUGACACCAGGACCCACAGAACACAGAGUCAGAGCCUCGGAGGUGGACACAUCAACCUGCCCUGAAUGUUUCACUAAUGUCUUCCCUGUGCAUGCUGGGACCGUGACGUGAGCCUGAAGGAGAUUAAAUGGUCUCCCAUAGUGACAGGAUGCACUGGUCCAUGAACACGCUGCCCUUGUCUCCGUACGUUGAGCUGGGAGUCCAGUCUCUGAGCGGCCUCCUCUGGACUCUGCUGCUCCUCUUCCUGUGGCACUGUUACCGGAUCGGCUCCGACCUGCCGAUGCCGGGCCACCAUCACGGCGGAAAGCUCAAGUCCAGCUCCAGGCGCUCCAUGAUGUCCCGCGGGGGGGGCUGCACGGGAACAAAGAGCAGUGCACGAUCCAAGCUGUCGAGGAGCGAUCACAUUAAACCCUUCAUUUCCAUGGAGACGGUGGAGGACGAGGAGCAGGGACAGGGCUACCUCACCCCAGUGCUGAGUCAUGCCCUGUUCCCUCCCCAGGCGUCUGCAGAAGCCAAGAGGCUGUACACAGCUCUGCAGGAGUACGCCAAGCGCUACAGCUGGGUGGGCAUGGGCCGCAUCCACAAAGGCCUCCGCGACCAGGUCAGACUGAACGAUCACUCCACCAUCCAGAAGCCUCAUCUCUUCUUCCUGCCGGACGUACCCAGUGUUCCCUUCUUCCCACGUGACGCUCAUCGACACGACAUCGAGGUCCUGGAGGCCAACUACCCGGUGAUCCUGGCUGAGUUCAAGGCUGUUUACCAGCGAGGCAUCGACUCCAAACUAGGCUGGACCUGCCUGGGACCAAAGGGUCAGGCCGUGUUUCCCUUGUACAGCGCUGGUGUCAGCGUCGCAGGGAACUGUCGCUCCUGUCCACGUACCUACCGGACGCUUUUUUCCCUGCGGACUUUUAUAAACAGCAACUCGCUGGGCUCGGCAGGGUUUUGGCUGCUGGGGCCCGGAGCGACGCUGGGGAGCUCGUACGGACCCACCAACACACGGCUACGCUGUCACCUCGGUCUGCAGACUCCACCUCUGUGUGAGCUGGUGGUGGGGGGGGAGCCUCAGUGCUGGUCCGAGGGACACUGUCUCCUGGUGGAUGACUCCUUCCUUCACACCGUGUCCCACAAGGGGCCCCCAGACUCCGGCCCCCGGGUCAUUCUGAGCGUGGACCUCUGGCACCCCAACGUGGCGGCAGCGGAGAGACAAGCCUUGGACUUCAUCUUCAGCCCGGACCUCUGAGUCCUGUGCUCCAGGUCCAGUCCUGCUUCAUUCCAGUCGGUCAAUCACUGUGUGAAUCCGCCCUGACAGAGACACGAGGCUCCGGGUGGCGUCUGCUUCACCGCCUCAUCCAGGAAGUCACACCAAACUAUAAACCGACGUCACCUGGAGGCACAAAGAGCCCGUCUGGUGUUAGGAGCUGUAAAUAACGUCUAGUGAACGCAUGGUUACUGCUGCUAAUGCUGCUAAUGCUGCAUGCGCCGCCCACACUUCAGGAAGAUUUAUUUACCUGUGAAACGCCUCUAAUUCAACCAAGAAACUGUGAAAACAUUUAAAUUUAUUUGUCCACAGUGAAAACCACACAGGUCUGAACUCAUGGACACUGUGACUCUUCUUCUUCUUCUUCUUUGUGUUUGUUCCUGAACAGAAAUCCAUUGUUAUUUCUUGAUGUUUUACUUAAGUUGAAUUAAAUUUGACUUCUGUUGUGUUUAAAUGACUCAUAAAUCAA